AUCUCGUUUCCAGUCCCACAAAAAAAAACACUUUUCGUUUCAAUAGGGAAAAUAAAUUGAAAUUUAAUCAAAUUCAGGCACCUUCAGCAUGGCGGACUUCGAGGAAUAUGGCCUUCCAAUGGGAAAAAUUACUUACAUAUCCGAAGAGCUGGAAAGGACUCAUCUGUCACGCACGCCACAAGUCCUGCAGCAGUUGGAGGACAUCCGGGAUCCGGAGGGCGAAAUGCUUCUUGCUGAAGGCAGUCGGCUGAGGAAAAAACCCAUUUCGGACGACUACUACUAGAAAUCAACAAAAUUUUCACAUUACAAAACGUAACGAGUGACACCUGCCAAGGAGCGAAAGGAGCGAAGGUGUUGGCCUGGCAAUUAAUGACUGCCUGAACUUUUCACAUUCACAUUCACGUGCUCGAGCUGGGCAAACAAAGCCAUCGAGAAGAGGAGCUGAGGGCGACAAAAGCAACACGCAAGCCAGGGACUGGGCUCUAAAACACAAGAACAGCCAACACACACAAACAAAUUGUGACAAAGUUGCGGAAAUUUAAUUAAAAUCAAAUACAGCCAGCAGAGAAAAAGGGGUAGCGGAUUGGCAGUCAGGUGUGACCCUCAGAUAUAGUUUCUAACACGCUCCCAACUUUUGUCUGAAUGUCGCUAGUUUUCCGCGUCGUUUAAUAAACAAAAUGUAAACAAA